CCUCACUUUCACACCCAACGCGCCAGACUCAGUCAUGACGGACUCAAAUAUCACUUCCCGGCUCCGCAAACUUCGCUUCGGACGACGACUCUCACCAACGCGGUCCGUCCCAACAACCAGCAAAGCCUCAUCCGUCUCGUCCCAGAAAUCCAAAACUCAACUCGCCAAAAUAGACAUAUACCGCCCUCUGUCUCCUUCGACUCGAGAAAUUCGCCUUCUUCGUAUCCUGCCCGAACAGCCAGGAUCUCUCCUCCUCGGUCCUGACCCCAUCAGCUGCGUCCUAAGCCAUGUCUCGCUUGACGACAAACCUACGUAUCAUGCGCUAAGCUAUACGUGGGAUGAUGAGAGUCUUGGGCAAAGCUUUGAGGAUCCGGAUGAUGUGAAGAGGAAGAAAAAGGUGUUGAUUAGUGGGUUCAUCUUUCUGGAUGGCCAGGCUGUGGAAGUCACGCCGAAUCUGUGGGUUGCGCUGUGGCAUUUGAGGAGGAGUGCGAAUUGGUUCAAGCAGCAUCCAGAUGCGGAAGUGGGAGAGUUUGGAGAAAGGAUGGAUAGGGAGAAUCAGACGCACUUUACUUAUGAGACCCCGAUUUGGAUAGAUGCUUUGUGCAUAAACCAACUGGAUGUAUUAGAGAGAAACGAACAGGUGCAAAUGAUGGGUCUUCUAUACAGAAAUGCCCAAUCUGUUCACGCAUGGACAGGGCUAGAAAUCCCAGAAAUUGGACUCCUCGCCAAGAUGGUACGGGACUUCUCCGAUAACUUCGGCACCAGUGAUGCUGCUCCCGCAGAAGUUCACAGAAUGCUUCGGGAAAACUACUUACAGACUAGCUGGGCACCGUUGCCACUCUUGUGCAAGAGACCAUACUGGGAGCGCGUAUGGAUCGCACAAGAAUACCUUCUUGCUCGCCAAGCUCUCAUCCACGUCGGCUUAAGAGUGAUAGACGUUUCUCAAUUUACCUUCUUUGCUCAUGCUAAAGCCGAAUCUCUAGCAGCGAUCAGUAUGAGCGAGUGGACGCCCAUCGAUAGGGAGACAUCGCACUGUCGAAUUAUCCAUUUCAAGCACGCGAGCUUCAGCCGGCCUCGGUUGGGAGAGGUCUUGAUUAGGUUCACGAAACAGAAAUGCAGUGAUCCACGAGAUAAGAUAUACGGCAUCUUGGGUAUCAGCGAAAAGACGGAUUAUGGAAUCGAGGUCGAUUACACACUGGAUGCAGAUACAGUAUAUCAACAAGCAAUUCGGCAGAUCAUAUUGAAGGACCAAGACCUCGAACUCAUUUUCAAUCCUCACAGAUAUUCCUGCGAAUGUACCAAGAGUCAGCACUCACAAUCAUCGUUACCAUCCUGGGUACCUGACUUACGAUGCCUAAACUCUGCACCCACAAUUGGCAUGCUAAACUUCUCUUGGCACCCAACCGGUACCAAAUCUCCCAGCAUAUCUGCCACCUCGAACCGAAAAGUAAUCAGCUGCAGAGGGCUCCUCCUCGGAAGCAUCGCUAAAAUCAACAUCAAUCUUCAACACAACGAUACAGACUACACUCCAGCCAGUAACAUCCAAGUGCGAAACAUGGCAGUUUUCGCAAAUUCAGCGCCAGACGCCUUCACGCCUCCAAAUCCAGCACUUCCAGCCACCUCACAAAAAUCAACAGCAGAACGUCUACAAAGUCUUUACGAAACCCUUACAGCGGUCGACAAGCUUAACUGCAGUAAAGUUGACCCCUCAACAUUCAUCGAGAACUGCACAGCCGCCCUCUCCGAAACCUCGCCUCUUAAUGACGAAAGUGCCGCCAAAAUCCUCAUGAUCGCACCAUUCGCCGCUGUCUUCUCCUUAAAAUCCACCUCGCUCUCCCCCAGCGCGAAAUUGGAGAACCUUCCGAGCGGACCAGUCUUCGGACAAUGCUAUCCCUUUUGUAGAGAAGGCGAUGUCCUUGCGGCGUUCUAUGGAUGCUCGAGACUUGCGGUACUGAGACAUGAUCCCCUGGACAAGGGCAAGUUCAAGGUCAUGUGUGAGGCGUAUGUGCAUGGGUUUAUGAAUGGGGAGGGGGUGGGGAUGUUUGAGGAGAGAGAGUUUGAACUCACUUGAUAUGGUUUGGAUCGAAAUUCUUGGUAUCGAGAAACUUACCUGAAAGGUGUGGAAGUGAGAAGAUUGUUGGAGAUUGCAUGUCCUGGAUGCAAGAAGCGAGUGAGCACAUGCCAAGUCGCAAUUAUGAAGAGAGGAAAGACAAUGCGCCCAGAAUCUAUAGGAUAGGAAUCCUGCGACCUACACCCAUGGCCGAGUGAACGAAUACGAAUGUCCUCAGCUGGAGUGGAAAGACACAGCUCAGCCCAGCCUAGCACUACCGAGGCGGCGCAGUGGACAUUGAAAAGACGUCUGGGAACUCCCCAGUUCCCAAAGGGGAUGACUCAUGUUGUCCUUGCAUUACAGGCUAGCGAUUUGGACAUUUCUCUAUAGCAUAAUAUUUUUCUUCUUUCUCCCUGGGAUAAAGAAUUUUGAUGUACCGCCUUACUGAAGAUGUGGAAUGCGCUUCUAUAGGCUGACAAACUAAUGCAAACGAGCCUCAAGCAUCAUCAUCAUCUGAGAAAAAAUUAAUCGAAGUAGGUAGGUAGGAGGUAGGCAGUCAGGAUUUCGCUUAGCUAGCCUCCCUCCCUAGCCUGGCUAACAAAACAAUGAUCCUCACUUCAACUCCCCUCAACUCAAUCCAGCUCCCCACAAUUCCAUCCAUGCGGU